AUGACAAAAUACUUAAGCCUUGAAGAACAAUACUGGAAACAGAAAUCAGGGUUUAAGUGGUAUACUGAAGGGGAUAGAAACACCAGCUUCUAUCACAAUUAUGUCACUGGAAAGACGAAGAAAUUACAUAUGGCUAGAAUAAAUGAUGGAGAUAGACACUGGUUGGAUAAUAUGGAAAAUAUAAAAAAAGAAUCAGUAAGGUUUUACCAGAACCAAUUUUCUCAAGAAGGAGAGUCAAAUAACUUUGAGAUUCUAAAACAUGUGCCUUCUAUGAUCUCUUAUGAGAAAAAUAUGUCAUUGUAUGCAUAUCCCUCAAAGGAAGAAGUCAAACAGGCAGUUUUUGCUCUAAGUGGAGAUAGUGUAGGUGGACCAGAAGGGUACAGGGUUGUGCAUGGAAGAAUGGAAAAUAUAUUACCUUCUUUGAUCUCAUCAAAACAGUCAGGCUUUGUGAAGGGGAGAAGUAUUUUUAAGAAUAUUCUAUUAACUCAAGAGAUUGUUUCAGAUAUUAAAAUCAGAGGAAAGCCUGCUAAUAUAGUGGUGAAGUUGGAUAUGGCUAAAGCUUAUGAUAAGGUGUCUUCGAAGUAUCUAUUUCAUGUGCUGAGAUCUAUGGGAUUUGAAGAGAACUUUCUAAACUUAAUUGGGAGGUUAAUCUCCAACAAGUGUUACUUUAUAUUACUUAAAGGCCAAACAACAGGUUUUUUCAAGUCUACAAGGGGGGUAAAGCAAGGGGACCCUCUAUCCCCUACUUUAUUCCUUCUUUCAGUUGAGGUUCUAUUAAGGGCUCUGAAUUCUUUGUUUGAUAAUACCGCUUAUGUUGGGUAUGGAAUGCCUAAGUGGUCUAACCCUUUAAACCACUUGGCAUAUGCUAAUGGCACAAUUAUCUUUGUAUCAGCUCACACACAUUCAUUGCAAGUAUGGGAAUAUUGA